CCCAAAAAACUUCCACUUGGCCCAACAAGUCCAAGCCCGACAUCUACUACUCCACCUGAUACCAAUAUCACACAAACAAAUACCUCUUCUCCUCUGACAUUCGAAAUAGAUCUAACCAGUCAUCAAAUCCCACCCACGCAUCUCUCCUUUUCUUCUUCAUCUCUCCCGCACCCAGCCUCCACAAAUGUCAGCACACCACACCUCAAAUCCUACUCCAAAGCCACCUGCUCCACCUCCAUCCGAUGCUAUGUCACCCUACCCGAAGCCAACUCUCACGCCCUCCAUCCACAACCCCUGCCACUGCCGCUGCUUUUUCUAUCCUGGAGCUUGCUAGAUCCGACCCACCACCAGCUGCAGCUCCUAAGCAUCCCAUGGUCACCCGUGCUAAAACAGGUCACCUAA